AAGAGACAAGAUUUGCAAAAGGAUGGAUAUGUUUGUACUAGUGAUUCUUCUUCUUCUGAUAUUUUCCAACAAAGCAGUUUCUCAGAGUGAAGAAGGAGAGUUUGGUUUCAACGGUUACUUAUACAACAGCUAUGGAAUUGCCAAUCUUGACUCCAAUGGCUUAUUAACGCUCACAAACUCGACCAGCUACAAAUCUGGUCAAGUUUUCUACAACUUACCAGUGCGGUUCAAGAACUCAAAAAACGGUACAGUCUCUUCCUUCUCCACCACCUUUGUUUUCGCUAUAGUCCCAAUAUUCCUAGGCCAUGGAAUGGCUUUUGUCAUCUGUCCCACCAGAGGCUUGCCCUAUGGCUCAUCAUCCCAACAUCUAGGACUGUUUAACUUGACCAACAAUGGAGAUCCCUCAAAUCAUAUCGUAGCAGUUGAGUUUGAUACCUUCCAAAACCAAGAGUUUGGUGACAUAGAUAGUAACCAUGUCGGCAUCGACAUCAAUGGCUUGCAAUCAGAGAUAGCUUCCACAGCAGGUUACUACAAAGAAGACGGUACUUUCAAAAACAUGUCUCUUGCAAACAGUAAGCCGAUACAAGCAUGGGUUGAAUAUGAUUCCUCAAGGAAACAGCUUAACGUCACGCUUCAUCCUCCUCAUCUCCCUAAGCCGAAUAUUCCAUUACUUUCUCUAACCAAAGAUUUGUCACCGUAUCUCCUCGAGUCUAUGUACGUUGGCUUCACUUCAUCCAACGGCAUGCUUCGUUCAUCUCAAUAUGUUCUAGGCUGGACAUUCAAGCUCAAUGGGGAAGCUUCGAACCUAGAUAUAUCUCGUCUCCCAAAACUUCCUGAUGACGACAAUCAAGAAAGUGGUCUGAAAAGGAUCUUGGCCAUUAGUUUGAGCUUAACGGGUUUCGCUGUGCUCGUCUUCUUGGCCAUAAGUCUUACCCUUUUCUUGAAAAGGAAGAAGUUAAUGGAAGUUCUCGAGGACUGGGAGGUUCAGUUUGGUCCGCACAGGUUUGCUUACAAAGAUCUUUACGUUGCUACAAAGGGUUUCAAGAACAGCGAGCUUCUUGGUAAAGGAGGGUUCGGAAAAGUUUACUAAGGUACAUUGCUGACGUCGAAGAUAGAUAUCGCGGUGAAGAAAGUUUCAAAUGAUUCAAGACAAGGGAUGAGAGAGUUCGUAGCAGAGAUCGCCACCAUUGGGCGUCUCAGACAUGCUAAUCUAGUUCGGCUUCUUGGUUACUGUAGACGCAAGGGGGAGCUUUAUUUGGUCUACGACUGUAUGCCAAUGGGCAGUCUUGAUAAGUUUCUCUACCACAAACAAGAACAGAGUCUUGACUGGUCACAAAGGUUCAAGGUUAUCAAAGACGUAGCUUCUGGUCUUUGCUAUUUGCACCAGCAAUGGGUUCAAGUUAUCAUUCACAGGGACAUUAAACCAGCAAACAUUCUUCUCGAUGAAUCUAUGAACGCAAAGCUUGGUGAUUUUGGUCUUGCCAAGCUCUGUGAUCAUGGUAUUGAUCCGCAAACCUCUAACGUGGCGGGUACGUUUGGAUACAUCUCCCCAGAGCUGUCAAGAACCGGGAAGGCAAGCACAAGCUCUGAUGUAUUCGCGUUUGGAGUGUUGAUGUUAGAGAUAGCUUGCGGCCGAAGACCCGUCUUGCCACGAGCAUCUUCGCCGAGCCAGAUGGUUCUUACGGAUUGGGUGCUAGAUUGUUGGGAAGAUGACAUAUUGCAAGUGGUUGAUGAGAGGUUAAAACAUGAUGAUAAUACGUACCUCGAGGAGCAAAUAACAAUGAUUCUGAAGCUUGGCUUGCUCUGUUCGCAUCCGGUUGCUGCCAUUAGACCGAGCAUGUCUAGCGUUGUCCAGUUCUUGGACGGUGUGGCUCAGCUACCUCCUAACUUGUUUGACAUUGUGAAAGCUCGAGAAAUCGUUGGAGGCACUGAAGCCUUUGGUGAAGCAGCUAAGUCUCUUGUGCAGCCUAGUUCGGUCGCCAUGGUGACGUUUACGGAACCUUUUACCUCACAUGGUCGCUAAAACAUCAAACUCGCAGAAUCACACUCUUUCUUCAUGUCACAGUUGUGUUUGAAAACUAUUGUGUAACUCUCUACUUUUGUCCGAGUGUUUUUUCUACGAGAAUGUCUAUUUAGGGUGUGUU